AUGAACGGGACGGCAAACGGCACGCUGGCGCAGCUGCCCGACGAGAUGUUCAGCAUCAUCCAGGCCACCGCCGGCACCCCCUCUCCACGCCUCGCUCGCCUCUGCCUCCCCGGUAGACGCAUCAUCGACACGCCGCACUACUUGGCCAGCACCUCGCGCGGCGUCGUACCGCAUAUCACACAGGAUACCUUCCGCCGGGACACCUCCAUCAACGGCGUCUACGUGGCCCUCGAAGACUUCAUCGAGCGAGCACCGCGAAAGGUCCCACCUCUAUACCAGUUCAAACCACUUGAUGGAGCGUCUCCACUGAGGAAGUUCGUUGCACUGCCGGACGAUGCGCUGCUGGUGCUUGGGGCGAGGAGAUCGCCGCCUGUAGCUGCGCCCGCUGCGAACCCGAAUACGGACACCACGAUCUCGAUAUGUACGGCAGUGGGGUUCAGACAGCUCAAGGUCGAUGAGUAUGCGGAAGAGACGGAGGAGCUGAAGGCGGAUAUCUUGGUGGGACUGGGAGACGUGCCUUACGGAAGAGCAUUGGGCAAUAAGAGGGUGGAGAGAGCUACAGAUCGAAUGAUCCAAUGGCUGCAAGAUCAUGUUGCGCUGAGGGAGGAGCGGAAGGAUGGAUAUGGACACCAGGCGAAGCUGUUUGCGUCGCUGAUACCGGUCGAGUGCAGGAAGCAGCAGUUCUACAUUGAUUGUCUGGCUGAGGAGUUGGUCAAGGACAUCUCUGGGCUGGCAUUGUACAAUCUUUCGACUUUGGAAGACAUACCAGAGAGUCUGGCACAUCUGCCUCGCCUAGGCUUUACCGAGCCAAAGACGCCGCACGAGAUCCUGCAACAGGUUGCUUUGGGCAUGGACAUUCUCACGAUCCCCUUCAUUGGCGCUGCGACGGAUGCUGGAAUUGCCUUGGACUUCACCUUCCCGCCACGGCACGCACCCAAUGGCUUGGAGCCGCGUUCUUUGGGAGUCGACAUGUGGUCCGCCGAGCACGCCGUCGACGUAUCUCCGUUGAGUGAGAGCUGCCAGUGCUACGCCUGCACCAACCACCACCGAGCCUACCUUCAACAUCUCCUGGCUGCCAAAGAGAUGCUUGGCUGGGUGCUAGUGCAGAUCCACAACCACCACACCAUGGACCUCUUCUUCGCCGGCAUUCGCCAGAGCAUCGCCCGAGACACCUUCGACGAAGACGUGAAUACAUUCAGCAAAGUCUACGAGAGCCAGCUCCCAGAAAAGACGGGCCAGGGGCCCAGAGUGAGGGGAUACCAGUACAGGGCUGAAGGACCUGGCGAGUCGAAGAAGAAUGCCAUCGCCUUUCAGCAUAAGAUGAACGAUGGGAAGGAGAAGCUUGCAGAGGGGACGCCGCCGGCUGCGGAUGUCGACGCUGAGGAUUUGGAGGUCAAGGGCUUUGGUGAGAAGGAUGAGGUGGAGGUUAGCUCGACUACCAGACGGGCUGGUUGA